AUGGGUAGCAAAAAGAGAAAGGCCGGCCGUCCGGCGCAGCAGAAAUCAGCACCGGAGCCCUCCAAGUUCGACAUCGAAGAGCGAUUUGACGACUCCGAAGACGAAUUCCAGACCGGCCGCGAUCAGGUUCUACUUGAUGAGCGCCCAGAGGCAAAGAGACGGCGCAGAGUCGCCGAGGAAGAGGAAUUAAUUCAACCUUCCGAUGAAGAAAUUCUUGGCUACGAAUCCGUCGACGAAGAUGAUGAUCUCGAAGAUGAAGAGGAACAGGAUGACGACGACGACAUGGGCCAGGGAAAGAAGGGUGACGACUCUGAAGAAGAAGAUGAGGGCAUUGCCGCUUGGGGUUCAUCCAAAACGGAUCUCUACAAUGCGGAUCAGAUCGAAACCGAAGCCGAUGCGUUGGAGGAAGAGCAGGAGGCCAAGCGACUGCAAAUUAAGCAGCUCGAGGCCAUGGAAGAAGCCGAUUAUGGAUUUGAUGAGUCUGAAUGGGCGGACGCUGGCAAGGAUUCUGGCGACGAAGAUGCCGGCGUCGUAACUGAAGUGCUUCCGCAAGUGGAGAUCACAGACGAUAUGAGCACCGAUGAGAAGUUGAAGAUUUUGAAAUCAAGAUACCCCGAGUUCGAACCAUUGUCGAAGGAUUUCGUUGAGCUUCAGAGCACAUACAAGGAACUUGAACAGGCUGCCUCAAAUGCUUCCCCAGAAGACGAUUCCGCAGAUGAGCCACAACCAUCCCCGGUGCCUGUGGUCAAGUUCCGCGCUCUAUCCGCAUACCUUGGUGUUAUCAGCAUGUACUUUAUGCUUCUCUCUUCUCCCUCUCCCGACGCAACCAGCGAGCAUGUCCCGAUGACGCCCGCUGAGCUCCGACAACACCCAGUCAUGGGAUCCCUGGUGAAAUUCCGGAAACUUUGGAACACCGUUAAAGACCUCCAAGAGGAAGUCUCGGAUGAGGAGUCUGAUGAGGAUUCUAUCAUUGAAGACGCCCCGAUUCAGCCAACCAAGGCUCUGAAGCAGCCCAAGACUGAGACCAAGUCGAAGCCAAGGAAAUUGACCAAGGCCGAAGCCAAGGCCGCGGCAGCACAAGCUCAAGCCGAAGAGCUUCGCGCCGAACGUAUCCGUCAAACCGAAGCCGGUCUCGCCGACCUGGACACCCUGGCUACCGAACCUACUCGCAAGCGCAAGACCCAGAAGACCAAGGAGACCCCCAAGGAUGACGACUCCGACUUUGGUGACGAAGAUGCUCUCACAGCCCACGAAGCCGAAGAGAAGGCCAAGCAGAAGCGUUCCCUUCGCUUCUACACCUCCCAAAUCGCACAGAAGUCCAACAAGCGCAAUGCAGCAGGCAAGGAUGCAGGCGGUGAUGCGGAUCUUCCGUACCGCGAGCGUCUCCGCGAUCGCCAGGCCCGUCUUAACGCCGAGGCCGAGAAGCGCGGUAAGAAGGAGCUUCAGCCUGACCAGCAGCUGGGCGGUGACAGUGACGAUGAGGAUCACCGCGUUGCCAAGGAACUCCGCCGCGGCGAGGGAGCCAAGGACGACGACGACGAGUACUACGACAUGGUCUCAUCCCGGUCCAAGAAGCGCAAGGAUGACAAACAGGCCCGUGCAGAUGCAUACGCUGAGGCUGAGCGUCUGGGUGGACAGGUCUAUGAGCAAGAGGAAGUCGGCGCCGACGGCAAGCGCGCCAUCACAUACCAGAUCCAGAAGAACAAGGGUCUUCACGCGAAGCGUAGCAAGGACUCGCGCAAUCCACGUGUCAAAAAGAGAAAGAAGUACGAGGAGAAGAAGAAGAAGCUCGGCAGUACGAAGCAGCUCUACAAGGGUGGUGAAGGCCGUGGUGGAUACGGUGGUGAGCUUACGGGUAUCAAAAAGAACCUGGUCAAGAGUACCAAGCUGUGA